UCAUGACGUCAUUAACGGCUGCCAUCUUGACCAGGAUCGGGACAGUGUAGUGGUGGUGUUUAAUCCGUGAUCAUCUGCCUCCCUGUGCACCAACCAUCCUCCAUAACCCGGUAGACGGAAAGCUACAACACCCAGCAAUAUGGCGGAAACAGAUAAGCUUAACAUAGACUCCAUCAUCGCCAGAUUAUUAGAAGUGCGCGGCUCUCGUCCCGGCAAGAACGUCCAGCUGACAGAGAAUGAAAUAAGAGGCCUGUGUUUGAAGUCCAGGGAAAUCUUUCUGUCCCAGCCCAUCCUUCUGGAACUCGAGGCGCCUCUCAAGAUUUGUGGAGACAUCCACGGGCAGUACUACGACCUGUUACGACUAUUUGAAUACGGAGGGUUCCCGCCUGAGUCAAAUUAUCUGUUCCUGGGUGACUACGUGGACCGCGGCAAACAGUCCCUGGAAACCAUCUGCCUCCUCCUCGCCUACAAGAUCAAAUACCCAGAGAACUUCUUCCUGCUCAGAGGCAACCACGAAUGUGCCUCCAUUAACAGAAUCUACGGCUUCUAUGAUGAGUGCAAGCGAAGGUACAACAUCAAGCUGUGGAAGACCUUCACUGACUGCUUCAACUGCCUACCUGUCGCCGCCAUCGUGGACGAGAAGAUCUUUUGCUGCCACGGCGGGCUGAGUCCAGAUCUUCAGAGCAUGGAGCAGAUCAGGCGCAUCAUGAGACCUACUGAUGUGCCAGACCAGGGCCUCCUCUGCGACUUGCUGUGGUCUGACCCGGAUAAGGACACGAUGGGCUGGGGCGAGAACGACAGAGGUGUUUCCUUCACUUUCGGCGCUGAAGUCGUGGCAAAGUUCCUCCACAAACACGACUUUGACCUAAUCUGUCGUGCCCAUCAGGUGGUGGAAGACGGCUAUGAGUUCUUCGCCAAAAGGCAGUUGGUGACCCUCUUCUCAGCACCCAACUACUGCGGGGAGUUUGACAAUGCUGGGGCCAUGAUGUCGGUGGACGAGACCCUCAUGUGUUCCUUCCAGAUACUUAAGCCUGCGGACAAGAAGAAGUUCCCCUACGGAGGCCUGAACACCGGCCGGCCCGUCACCCCCCCAAGAGGAGCCGCAAAUCAGAAAAACAAGAAGAAAUAGAAGUGCAGGGAGUUCCAGCGUCUUGGCGGGCAGCCCCUCCCCACCAGCCACCAACCCCACCCACACCCCCCUGGGCUUUGUGCAGCCCACCUUGGUCUGCGGGACAGCGGGGCGUGGGCCGGGCACCGGGGCCGGGGCCGAGCUGCCUCCAAGGCCUGACUUAGUGGAGUAAAGCUGUUAGACAAAGUUGAGUUGCUAAACUAUUGUAGGUAUCAUAUAAUAUUUAUAUUGAUCACAUAGCCCUGGUGGGAGCAAGGGGAGGCGGCUCAAAGUAUUUUUAUUAUAUAUUCUAUCCCGUAGAAGGUAAAGCUUGGACCCGUCAGCCUUGAGAUGCCUGUUAAGGUCUUUAUCUCCCAUGAUGAUGAUGAUGAUGAUGAUGUGUAACACUACAUACAUACAUACAUACAAUUGAGGUAUUCUUUCAAGUAAACAAAAGCUGCAGUCAUUAUUCUGCAACUGUGAUUCUACAGAAGUAUUGGUUAACUUGUGUUUGUAAUGUGGAGAGUCUGACUCACAACCAUAUACUAUAUUUGAGUAUGUAAAUAGCCACGGUAUUUAAUCGCAUAUAAGCAUUUACCAAUGUUCUUGUAUAAACAGGUAGGUAGGGCCCAGAGAGGAGCGAGGGAGGGAGGCAGCCCCCACCUAGCUAGUGGCUGUGUUAGAUCCGUGUACAAAUGUCCCGUCGCCGUAGUAGCAGGACCACCACCACCACCACCACCACAGUCUUGUCUGGCUUAUAGCUGUCCCUGUCCAGCGUGGAGCCUCGGGGAGCGGUGUGCGGCGCCGUGCCGGGCCGCCGUCCCCCGCCAGGCAGGGCGUGGGGCGGCGGCUCUGACGGGUGGCGUCCAGGCUUGGCAGGGUGACGGCCUUUAGAGGGUAACACUAGAUUGCUUUUGUAUUUUUCGUUGAUCAUUUCUUUUAUUUGUUGUCUUAUUUCCGUUAGCAGGUUAGUUAGUCAGUUCGUUGGUUAGUCUUGUGUUGCGGCAGCGGCAGCGGGGACACUGUGCUGGUGGCAGCCGGCUGUGACUUGCCCGGCCACCUGCCCUGCACUGCUGCCGCCACCGCCACUGCCGCCCUCAGCCUCAUGCUCGUCAGUGUAGGAGUAUAUUGAACUUUGUAAUGUUAUAUUUUCUUUCCCAAGGAAUCAACAAGAAGCAUCUUUGCAACACACCACAUCAAUACUUUACACACCAAUACCUUAUCUUAAGUGUAACAUUAUUGCCACUCUUGUUGGCUGUGUACGUAAUGACAAUUUAUUAUCAUUAUUAUUAUUAUUAUUAUUAUUAUUAUUAUUAUUAUAUUUGUCAUUAUUGUCAUUAUGAUUACUGUCUCUUCCGUAGACUAUCCUGCAUCUUGACUUUAUUAUUACCGCACCACUUGACACAUAAGAGUCCUGAGUGACAGAAUGGCAUUGACAGACAGGUGGAGGAGGAUGUUCUGCCAGACACAACAGCAACAUACAUCACACACACACACACACACACAGAAGCAUACAAGCCACAAACAGCGUAACGUACACAUUUUUUCUCCUCGUAAUGAUUUUCAGUGAGUGUUGGCUGCCAGUGUUUGGGAGGGUCAUGAUUUUUCUGAGGAGAUCCUGGUGGCCGUUGUAAUUUGUAAGUUAUUAUGAAAAAAAAUCCGACCUCCGGGUGUGCUCUGUUGCUGCCCCGGGGUCCACAAAUCACUGGAAAAUAAAAAAAAAAGCGAAAAACACCAGUGGCUUUCAUUCUACUGUGCUGGUUGGGUUGGCUGAUGCUACACCCUCACACACUUCAUUUGAGUGUGUGAACGUGUGUUUGUGUGUGUGUUUGGACGGCUACCAAGACACGUUUUCUGAAUCACUAUGCUCUGCCACCACUAUUGAUUUGACUAGCCAGGUUCUCAAGGGUGUUUCUCUGUUAGUAAUGUAGAAAUCUUUUCAAAAUCUCUAGAACCAUAGAUCAGUAUUAAAAGUCCAUAUCACCUUAACUAUUUUCAAAGGCCAGAGAGAUGAAUAGCUGGGUUCUCAAUAGUGUUUCUGCUGUUGACAAUGCAGGAAUCUUGUUAAUAUCUCUCAUUAGAACCAUACAAAGCAUUAAAAGCCUGUAUCACAUCACCAUAACUGUUUUCAAGGCCACAUAAAUCACCAGCCCAGUUAUCAAGAGUGCUUCUGCUAAUAGUAAUGUUGAAGUCUUGUUAAUUUGUGACUAAGAUUGUAAAAACAUCCUUAAACAUUUUUUGCUCUCAAUAUGACUGUUUUCCAAGGCCACAGAGAUGACUAGCCAAGUUAUCAAGAGUGUUUCUGCUGUUGAUGAUAUAGAAAUCUUGCUUAUCUGUCUUGGGGACUGUAAAAACACCCUUUGGAAAGUAUUGGUGAGGCAUAGCGUUUCAGAAUAGUUACCCUCCCUCCCUUUGUAUGUGUGUGUGUGUGUGUAUCUGGUUGGAUGACUGCACAGCCUCCCUCACUUCAUUCUGAGACGGGUGUCCUUAAGGUGAAGUGCUGAGAUGGACAGUGACAAGCCGAGUCUCUCUACUUCUUUUUAAUGAUACAACACUGACACUUCCCAUACGCACAGUGAUACAACUCUGACACUUCUCCCAUGCUUAAAUACAACUCUGACACUUCUCCCAUGCUUAAAUACAACUCUGACACUUCUCCCAUGCACAGAUACAACGCUGACACUUCUCCCAUGCACAAUGAUACAACUGUGACACUUCUCCCACACGCAUCAUUUCCUGUACAUACAAAGCUCCUCUUCACUAGGUUAUAGACUUGCCUGUAUAAACUGUACAUUUUUUUGUGAACUUGGAUUAAUUACCACUACUCGUACGUAUCAUAUGUGUCCCGGUCAAGGCAAUUCACCUCACUUGGUCAGCCGGCCGUUUCUUUCGAAAUUAUAUAAAAAGAAAUCCUGUUUGUGUUUGCCUGAUAAUACGUCAAAUGAACCACGUUUUUUGAUAAUAGUGUCAUGUUACCUCGGAAAAAAAAUCUUGUAUCAAUCUGUACAAAAAUAAUAAAAAAAAAAAUAUUACAGCGUCUUUUGGACAUAGAGAAAAGAAAACUGGUAGUCAUAAUAUGAAUGAAAACACCACACUUUUUGAUAAACUAAUUGUGUAAUCUACCUAAUGUACUACAGUAAAUAAAUGAAGCUUUCGUCUUAAUGUAAAUGCGAGAUGUACAAAAAUAUGAUUGCGUCUUGGAGAAAAUAUACGUUGAUACCAAAUAGCCAA